AAAAUGUGGAGCUGGCCUUUGCUGUACCUUAAACCCUAAGCUGAAGCAGUGGAACAGUCAGCCGACUACCGAACUUAAACCCUCUCCUCCUUCCUUCGGUCAACCCUGCACUCGCGCAAACAUGUCAUAUACUCGCCACCUUCGCCGGCUCUCCACCUCUGCCGCCGCCGCGGCGACCGCUGCCAACACCACUAGCGCGGCCGCGCCCUCAUCCUCAGUCUCCAUUUCCAAGGCCAAAUCGAAGCUCCAAUCCGAAUUCGAUCCCGACAAGGCCCUAGAGAUCUACACCUCUGUCUCCAAGCACGACUCCUCCCCCGCCACCUCACGCUACGUCCAGGGCCUCGCCGUCCGCCGCCUUGCCAAGUCCCGCCGCUUCUCGGACAUCGAAGCCCUAAUGGAGUCCCACAAGUCCGACCCCAGGAUCAGGGAUGAGCCCUACCUGUCCACCCUGAUCCGCUCUUAUGGCUGCGCUGGUAUGUUCGAUCACGCCCUCAGGACCUUCUCUGAAAUGGAGCAAUUGGGCACCCCGAGAUCCGUCGUUUCUUUCAAUGCCCUCUUAACGGCCUGUAAUGCCUGCAAACUGUUCGAUAAAGUUCCUGACUUGUUCAAUGAGAUGAGCUCUACAUACAAUAUCGUGCCCGAUAAGGUCUCCUAUGGGAUACUUAUAAAGUCGUAUUGUGAGGCCGGUUCACCUGAGAAGGGGAUGGGGGUUUUGCGGGAAAUGGAGGAGAAGGGCGUGGAGGUCACAGCGGUCACAUUCACGACAAUUUUGGAUGCGCUCUACAAGUCGGGGAGGAGCGCUGAGGCAGAGAGGUUGUGGGUUGACAUGGUUUCUAAAGGUUGUGAGUUAGAUGCAGCCGUGUAUAAUGUUAGGCUCAUGAAUGCCCAGGAUACAGGGCCUGAGAGCGUGAAGAAGAUUAUCGAGGAAAUGAACGAGAAAGGGGUAAAGCCUGACACUGUUAGUUAUAAUUGCCUUGUAACCUCGUAUUGUAAAGCAGGGAUGAUGGAGGACGCGAAGAAGGUGUAUGAAGGCUUGAGGGGGAAUGGGUGUAAGCCCAAUGCAGCGACCUUUAGGACCUUGGUGCAUUAUAGGUGUGAGAAAGGGCAGUACAAGAGGGCAUAUUGGGUCUUCAAGGAGAGUGUACGGGCUGAUAAAAUUCCCGACUUCAUGACGUUGAGGAGAUUGGAGGAAGGUUUGGUGGAGAAGAAGUAUAUGGAGGAGGCAAAAGGGUUGUUGAGGACAGUGAAGAAGAAGUUUCCAUCCAGUAGUUUGAAUGCAUGGAAGGAGGUUGAGGAGAGUCUUGGAUUGGCUUCUGCUGCUGCUGCUUGUGAUACGGCAUUGUAGCUCUCUCCAGAAGAGGAUGACUGAGAGGCUGCCGUUUUGAGUCUUUUAUGUUGGAUUUCUGUGAAAGAUCUCGGUUUGAGCUCUAGUUGCUCCUUUGCAUUGCAGAAAUUAAUUUGUCUAUUGAUUACUUCAUGGCUGUGGCGGGAUGAUGUGUUCAGUAACAUUUCUGCAGAUCAGGGUCGGCACUUGAUCCUUUUAAUGGUGAACUGGAGCUAUAUAAAUCAUAAAAUGUAGCAAAAUGGUCAAGCAUUUUUUUUUUUUGGUUAGAACGAACUUGUGCCUUCUAUUUGGUGCAAUGCGACUUUUGCUCAGCUCUUUUUCAUAAUAAGUAGUUAGAAGCUUAUAGCUCA